ACUAAGCAACUUAUUCUGUGUAGUCAUGUUUAUGUUUCCUGGCGGAGGGGGGUCUACGACUCGUAUAGAAGUCGGUGCACGUAGAGUUCAGCUGCAACCCGAAUACAUGGUUCUUCAGUUUCUUGAUUAGCGUAAGGCCUUGCAUUGGACUUCUCCUGUUCUGUUAAUUUUAAAUAUUUAAAGGCCGAAAGAGCAACAUACAGUUGGCAUCAUUACAGACGAGCGGGCGCACUGUCUCUUUAAGUCAUCAUUUAAUCUCUACGUUUAAAGAAGAUAGCGGACCCUAAUUACGUCACACGCUCUCGUCUUUGCUCUCCCCGUUUCGCUGCUGCAACUUCAAAUAAUACUGCGCGGCUGCUGCUCCAAACACGGUCCAGGUAGCAUACAACACGUGUGUACAAUAUUUACCGCUAAGUAGUUUACACCGAUAUCAAAAACAAGCAGCGCGGAUUUUAGCGACCCAGUCUCUCAGCGUAGCAAGGCGCCGCUGCUUCUGCCGGUCUACCGAGUACCGCUCAGCGGGCAGUAGAGGGGAGGAACGGCGGGACACGCAGGCGGAGGAAGGCGGGCAGGUUCUCCAGAGGAUAACAUGCUUUAUUUUUACCGCUGCCGCGGGAAUAUUUUUACAUUUGUAUGGAGGGCUUCGUCGUGACUCGUGUGUGUCUGGUAGGACGCGACUAUCCCCAUUAUAAAACUAAGAAGAGUCGUCAUACACGGUGAAUAACGGGAAGGAGACAGUGUGUUGCAUAGCGGCACACAAUACAUACAUGUGCUGAGCGGAACAUUACGCGCACCAGCGGGGCUUUUUAAUGAGGGCAGCUUGGCGCCGUACAGUCAUUUUGUUGAAUCGUUGGAUUAUUGGGCUUUACCUCCACCGAUGCGUCACAUUUUUCGAUUUGCAAUCAAAGAAGCUAGGUCGAAACCUGCAGCAUCUUGUAUUAUUAUCGGUCAGGGUGGUUUGAUUGAACCUAGCUAGGGGAGCUAACACCGACGUUGCCCGUCAUAACCGGUGUGCAUAGAGAAAGAUGAUCACAUUUCCAACCAAUCAUUGAUGGGUCGAUUUAAUUGUUAUACCAUCACUUAACCACAAAAGGUAAUUGAAUUAGGCCAUAAAGAUUGUGUAUUUGGUCAGAUGUGUUGAGCCUAUGGCCCUUUAUCAGUUCUCCUAGAUGCGAAGAAUGGGCCCAUGUCUUAAUUUAGAAAACAAAGAAUUAGGCUACUUGAAAGGCUAAGCUGGGUAGCUAAGCUUGUCUCGCGUUUUCAGGUUUGCUUGUUAACUAGCUGAAGGGAUUAGUGAGAUAGCAUUCGCACAGUGCUGUCUUGUGGACACCGUCCCUUAACGUUACAUCCCUAAACCGGUCGGCGUUUCCCAUUCCCCUCAAUAUUUUCCGCGCCACGCCACAAUGGCCAGUCAUACUGUGGAUGACAGCACCAGCGCCGGGGCAGUGGAAAUGGAUCCGAUGCCCGGCUAUGUGGACCUCAUCACCAAAGCUUCUACCGUUAUGUACGGCGCCUUGAGAGACUGUAGCGCGUGCGGUCUGGAGCUCUCUAAACGGACCCUCCUAGAUAACGCGUACAUCACCUGGAACGAAAUUUUCCUGUUCUGCUUUUGCGCAUUUUUGUGGACGCAGAUAAGGCAAGGACUGACAGAGUGUCUUUUCAAGCCGCUGGCGCAGCGGUGCAAGCUGCAGAACAAGGAUGCGGCUAAGAUGCCGGAGAGUGCGUGGAAGCUGGUCUUCUACACCAUGUCCUGGUCGUACAGCACCUACUUGCUCUUCUUCACCUCCUACACUUUCUUCUACGACCCCCCGUCCGUCUUCUACGACUGGAAGAGCGGCAUGUCGGUGCCCACGGACAUCGCCAUCGCCUACCUGAUCCAGGGCAGCUUCUACGGCCACUCCAUCUACGCCACGGUGUACAUGGACGCCUGGCGGAAAGACUCGGCCGUCAUGGUGGUGCACCACGUCAUCACGCUGGCCCUCAUCUCCUUCUCCUACGCCUUCAGGUACCACAACGUGGGCGUGCUGGUGCUCUUCCUGCAUGACAUCAACGACAUCCAGCUGGAGUUCACCAAGCUCAACGUGUACCUGAAGUCCCGGGGAGGGAGCUACUACCUGCUCAACGACAUCCUGUCCAACAUGGGCUCCGUGAGCUUCAGCAUCACCUGGUUCUGGUUCCGGCUGUACUGGUUCCCCCUGAAGGUGCUGUACGCCACCUGUGUCUCCAGCCUGCAGUCGGUCCCUCACAUCCCCUUCUACUUCUUCUUCAACGCCCUGCUGCUGGCGCUGCUGCUCAUGAACAUCUACUGGUUCCUGUUCAUCGUGGUGUUUGUGGUGAAGGUGCUGAAGAUGAAGGAGGUGAACGACGUCCGGGAGUACGAGGAGGUGGAGGGGGUGAAGGCGGCCGCGGCUGGGCUGGUCCCGGCCCACCAAGCCAACGACUCGGACCACCAGCACGACCACAGCGCCGUCCACGGGAAACACGUGCAGAAUGGCGUCUCCAAGGACAAACAUCUAUAGUGGAUUCUCUGUCGCCAUCUUCUGGCUGCCGGCCGCAAGUGCAAGCAGGACGGGCGUCCACGCGUGGCGGUUGGUGUGCUGUCAUGAUCGCAAAGGAGAAAAAAAUGAAGAGUGAGCAGAAGAAAGUGGUUGGAAAAAGACCAUAUUUAGGCAGCGGAUGUUUUUCUGUAGACUUGUUUCAUUGUUGUCAUGGUUGAUCUUAUCGUUUUUGUUUUAAAUUAUAGCACUGUGAAUGUUAUUUCAGGCGACUCUGUGUCUUAACAUCCUCAUCACAACGUCAAUUUAGUUUUGCUUAGAGACGAGACAUGCAAACCGCGAUUCACAAUACAACACCAUGCCGGCUGUGUGUGUGUGUGUGUGUGUGUGUGUGUGUGUGUGUGUGUGUGUGUGUGUGUGUGUGUGUGUGUGUGUGUGUGUGUGUGUGUGUGUGUGUGUGUGGACGUUUGUGUCAUCACAAUAGUGGACCGUCACAUCGCAUAACAUAUCAGCACCCAGCCAGGAUAUACAUCGUGAAGGGUGAGCUGCAAUCACAGCCAGUGAAAUAUCAAAAGGUCUCUCUCUCUCUAAUCUAAAAAAGAGCCUGGCUUCGGGAUGCUGUGUGUGUGUAGUAGUGUGUGUGUGUGUGUGUGUGUGGGGGGGGGAGUGUGUGUGUGUGUGUGUGUGUGUGUGUGUGUGUGUGUGUGUGUGUGUGUGUGUGUGUGUGUGUAUAUGUGCGCAGCAGCCCCCAGAUCCACCUGAGGCAAACUCCUUCCUGUUUGACCACGCUCUCGUUUCACAUAUUGCUUCUGAUAUCUCAUUUCACUGGUCAAUAACUGAACACGCUGCUUCUACACACACACACACACACACACACCGAUGUACUGAAAGACCAACACGUGCACAUACGCAUAGACACGCACGCGUAGACACUCACAUACGCAUGGACCCACACACACACACAAACACCGCAGCAGUUGUGUUAUUGAGAUAGCCCCAUCAUGUUUUUGGUGCAUGAGGGAGUGGUGUGUGUGUGUGUGUGUGUGUGUGCGCUCCAAAUAGUGAUGUAAGACCUUUUUUGAUACACAGAAUUCCAAAACCCUUCGGUUGUUUUUAAAGUGAGGCAUUUCAAAUGAUGAACGUGAUUUUUCAUGUCUCUUAUUUGUUUACUUCCUUCCUGUUGAUAAAUAGGCAUUAGAACACUUACACUCAAAAGAGUUCCCGUAUGGAAUUUAUUUUUCGUUUUCUUAAUAUUUUUUUCGUUGUUGUGUGUUUGUAGUAUUGCGUCUGUUGUUGCACUGAGAUGAAGGCGUACAAGCUGACGGCCGGUUUAUUGACUGCUGUAAUUGAUUGACUGGGUUUCCGUAUAAUCCUCUCGUUUCUGUUUGAAGGGGUUAAUGUUUUAUGUUGAUAAGCCGUUCAGCGGUUCUCAGAAAAUCGAAGUGACGGCCCUGACCCUGUAUAUGAGAAAAGGAAACAAGCACCAUGUGGGAAUGCAUGACAUAGGAAUGGUUUUGUUCAUAUGCUAUGAAGUUGUCUUAACAUUACAAAUGACGAAGAAAAAAAAUGCAACCCUCCUGCUUCUCAAUGUAAUCGUCAACUCCCAGUCGACGGAGUAAACAAAUCAGAAUCCAUCAGAAUCCAUCUGAGUCAGCGGAGGCCACGCAAUCACGCGGGUGUCUUUUUGCGCGCGUGUGCGUCGGUGUGCGCAUUCUCCGUACAGCCCCAGGGAGUCCAUCCAUCCAUCCAUCCAUCCUACCUCCUCGAUCUAAUUGAAGCUCUUAGUUUUCCGGACCAACAGCAUGCUUGUGCCGCUGGAACAGGCCGCAGAUGUUGUGACACACUUGUGUCUCUUUGUCAGUAGGCAACGCUUCCGUUUGUUUGUUUUAGCCCACGGACCCCCCCCCCACCCUUUCCAAACUAAGCUCAAACUAGUUCAUGAGUUUCCUGUCGGACGUAGUCGUUUUUAUUACUAUACCUUUGUUGAUUUCUCUAAGAAAAUAGCUGCUGUUUUCUGUUUCUGGUUUUGUCCUGAGAGCAUUGUCUGUAGAGCGACCCACCAUCCCCUCGCUGUUCUGCUAUGAUUGGCUGUUCAUUCCAGGAUCCCGAGGGACUAGGUAGUCACCUUGUUUUGUUUUAUCACUUUAGAUUCGUUUUGAUUCAUUAUGAUCACUGAGUCCUAUUCCUUCUUUAGCCUCUAACGAGUUUUCUUGAUGCUCCGAUUGUGUAUGACGGCAAAAACCUUGAGCUCUCGGUUGACACCUUUUGCAGCACGUGGUGCUAUGCAUAAUUGUGUAUUAUAAGUUGAAGCGAGACUUAAUCACUCCCCGAAGGCUACAAUUACCGUUUGUAAUAUAACUAUCGACUACUGAUUUUUUUAAGUUAACAUUCUAGCCCCAGGGGACUUGAAAUGAACUGAACUCUUUUCCAGGGUGUUAAACUCCCUUUUUAAUGAUUUCCUCAAACCUUUUUUUAAAAGGCAUACUUUAAUGACAACUUUAGCCAUGGUUGAAUUAGUAUUAUUUCACUGCAAAAUAAAACGUUCGAGACAGGGGCAGAGAUAAGUGUUGUUAACAUGAAUGAACCGCGAUGAAGGUUUGACGUGCCAUGGUCCCCCAAGGAAACCAUCCAUGGUACGUUCAAUCACUGAGUAACUUUGCCCCCUCCCGCUCCGUCCAUAUCUCUCCCCGUCUGUCAUGAUAGCGAUGGCCUUGAUCUGCAUUAACUGCAUCCACGACUGGUGUGUUUAAUUUGACAGGAGUUUCCAUUGGAACCGUCCAAAUGCACCUUCCGAAAAUAUGAAACUACGAAAAAUGAAAUUAUGUGCAGUGGAUUGAUAUUAGGUAAAUGUUUCCGUGAUUUAUUUGGCUGAUCUAUUUUCAUGUGAAAUGGGGGAUGCUGUGAGAUGCAUUUUGAUUAAUGUUUUUAGAUUGUGCCAAAAACGUCCAUUCAAUUAUAAUCUUGGUGUUUUUCUGGGACCUAGCGGAAAGGGCGGGGAAGAGGUUGUUGAAAAUAUGGGCGGUUAUUUCCUGCAGUUUUUAUUUUAUUUUAUAAAUUGCACUGUAAUUUAUUGUUUUUUGUUUACUAGUACCUCACAAUGUCAGUAAAUUUGAAUAAUUGUGGAACUUUUGUAAUCACAUUUGAGAGUUAGCUGUUAGGGUUGUAAUUUUAAAGAUACAGGAUUUGUUGCUCUGGACCAUCGGUACACUGUAAAAAUCAACCAUUCGCUCCUUUUCUUUCUCUGAUCUUGUUUGAAUCUCACCCCUUUCUAAAUCUCUGACAACUGGUACUCAAUGUUUUAUUUCAUUUUUUAAACAGUUUUAAUAAUUCCAUUCAACCAGUGUUAUUGUAUCAUGUGCCCCUUCAUCAAAUAAAAUAAUUAUGUAAAUUACAGCCAAUCCUUUGCAUCGCAGAUUUAUUUCACCAAAUUUAUUUUUGUUUAAAGUAUUAUCUAACGGUCAUUUUCAGGAUCACAUGGCAACAGCUUAAGACACGCACAUAACAGGAGAGAUCAAAUCAGUGCUCACAUCCAGCAUCGACUGCUUCAAUAAAUUAAGUCAUAGAAAGGCAUCCCACACACACACACAGCAUUUCCCUUGGUAGGCAAGUCAUUUACACAAGUCCUUUUUCAUCGUUACCAUGAUUGUAAAUAGGGACCGGGGGGCAGACAUAGAUCAUGCACUGACACAUGGAAUAGUUACUAUCGCUAGCAAGCAAUAUGCAUUCUUGACAAUCAGGGAACACAGAUUUAAUCGAAUGCAGUAAAACAAUGGUUGUCACCAAAACGUCUUGACCUGAACAUACUGUUAUCUGAUACCGAUAGUGACACCUCCAGCAAUAACAUGAAGAAUUGGAUCACAAUGACAUUCAACAUGGCCUGGCCUUUCGGCUUGGUUCCUUGUGUCCUACGGUGUUAUGGUGGCACUGUGUGAGAGAAUGCCCCACGUCCAACACAUGCAUGGGCUGACAAGAUCAAGUGGCCAUGAUCGUUAACCAUUAACAGCCCAGCAAAAUCGCAGACAGCAGGAUUUAGGGUUAAGGUAGAGUAGAGUACAUUAGUAUGAAUUGACAAUUUUUUAAAAAACAUUAGUGAGAAAAAAACAAACAUUAAGUGCAACAAAGGUCUCUGAUGUUUGUUCAAUGAUCAAAUAAUUUCUUUUUUUUGCAUUAUUUUUUUUUUACCGAAAUCGUAUUCAAAAAUGGGAUUUAAUUUCAUACAGGAGGAGAACAAGGAAAUUCAUUAGCAUAUCAUCAUAACCGCUCCAAUUGUUUAAGCGUACUAAAAAAGGGCAAUAAAGCCGGGUUAUCUACACACAAUCUUCACAUUAAUUCGGACAGGCCUUCCGAUAAGUUAAACCAUCCUUAAAAAAAAAAUGAAGUCAUUACCGAGUGUUACGAAUGUGACACAUUUCAAUACAGAUUACAGGGCGACCUCUGACCUCCACAGAACUCAAAUCUCCCUCUAGCUGCCUGAUGAAGCCUGAGCCCCUCCAGUUCGGU